AUGAAGCUCACCAACGUUGUCGCUGGUGCGACUCUCUUUGCCAGCACCGUUCUGGCUGACUUGGACCCUAUUGUCAUCAAGGGUUCCAAGUUCUUCUACAAGAGCAACGACACCCAGUUCUACAUCAAGGGUGUUGCUUACCAACAGGAGUACUCGGGUCCCAAGUCCGACACCGACAACUUCAAGGACCCCUUGGCCGACGCCGAUGCUUGCAAGCGUGAUGUCCCUUACCUCGAGAAGUUGGGUGCCAACACCAUCCGUACCUAUGCCAUCGACCCCAAGGCCGACCACAGUGAGUGUAUGAAGCUGCUCCAGGAUGCUGGCAUCUACGUUAUCUCGGACUUGUCCUCUCCCAGCGAGUCCAUCGUCCGCAACGACCCCAAGUGGGAUGCCGAUCUCUACAGCCGCUACGUCAGCGUCAUUGACGAGAUGUCUCAGUACUCCAACGUCAUUGGUUUCUUCGCCGGUAAUGAAGUCUCCAACCAGGCCAACAACACCGACGCCAGUGCCUUCGUCAAGGCCGCUGUCCGUGAUAUGAAGCAGUACAUCAAGGCCAAGAACUACCGCAGCAUGGGUGUUGGUUACGCCACCAACGACGAUGCUGACAUCCGUGAGAAGAUGGCCAACUACUUCAACUGCGACAACGCCGAUGACAGCAUUGACUUCUGGGGUUACAACAUCUACUCGUGGUGCGGUGACUCGAACUACCAGAAGUCUGGUUACAAGACCCGUACCGAGGAGUUCAAGGACUACUCUGUCCCUGUCUUCUUUGCUGAGUACGGUUGCAACGCUGUUCAGCCCCGUAAGUUCUCUGAGGUCGAGGCUCUCUACGGCAAGCAGAUGAACGACGUCUGGUCUGGUGGUAUUGUCUACAUGUACUUCCAGGAAGAGAACGACUACGGUCUCGUCUCGGUUGACGGCGACAAGGUCAGCACCCUUGACGACUUCAACAACCUCUCCUCGCAGCUCGCCAAGGUCUCUGCUACCGGUACCAAGAAGAGCGAAUACAAGCCCACCAACUCUGCCCUCCAGUCUUGCCCCGCUGUCAACAGUGCUUGGCGUGCUGCUGCCACUCCUCUUCCCCCUUCGCCCAACAAGGACCUCUGCACCUGCAUGAUGGACAGCUUGGAGUGUACUGUCAAGGGCAAGGUUGACGGCGAGAAGGUCGGUGAGCUGUUUGGUACCGUCUGCGGGUACGACGUCUGUGACGGUGUCUCCGCCAACGCUACUACUGGUGACUACGGUGCCUACAGUGUCUGCACUCCCCAGGAGCAGCUCGCUUACGCCAUGAACUUGUACUACAAACAGCAGAAGUCCAAGGGUAACGGCGCUUCCGCUUGCGACUUCAAUGGCGCUGCCACCACCAAGACCUCCAGCUCCCCCAGCGGCACCUGCUCUGCUCUCCUCAAGGAGGCUGGCUCCUCUGGCACUGGUACCGUCACCUCUUCCCCCACCGGCAACGCUAACCAGGUCUCUGCUUCCGGCUCUGCCUCCGCCUCUGGCUCUGAGGGUGCUGCCCCCAUGGUUGCUCCUGGUGCCGUCCGUGUUGGUGUCUGGCAGUUCGGUGCUUACCUGGCCACCGCCGUCGUCGCCGGUGCCGGUAUGAUCCUUCUGUAA